GCGGCGGGGCGCCGGCUGCUGGCAGGCACCGGGGGCAGGCGGACGGGGAGGUGGGUUCGGCGCCGCCGCCGCUCCUGGGAUUAGGCUCCUGCUCGGCUGCCAUGCGGAGCGGCGGGAGCGGAGCUGCGCUGCACAGCGGGAGGGCGCGGGGCGCCGCCGGGCGCUAGGCGGGCGGCGGGCGCGGGGCCGCCGGAGCUCUCCAGGGUCCCGGAGCGCCGCCCGCCGCGGCCGAGCUCGCCGUGUCGAUGCCGCGGACACGGGCGCUUCAGGGCUCCUCGGCGGCUCCGAGCAGCAUGGCACGGCUGAGGUACCUCCGCGCCGCUGUCUCGGGCUUCUAUCUAUGGGAAGCUGCGGUGCUGCUCAGCUUGGUAGCUACAAAGGAAACAGACAGUGCAAGAUCCCGUAGCAUGCCAAUGUCGCCAUCUGAUUUCUUGGAUAAGCUAAUGGGUAGGAUGUCGGGCUACGAUGCAAGGAUCAGACCAAAUUUCAAAGGCCCUCCAGUUAAUGUCACAUGCAACAUUUUUAUAAACAGCUUUGGAUCCAUAGCAGAGACAACCAUGGAUUAUCGAGUGAACAUCUUUCUCCGUCAGAAUUGGAAUGAUCCACGUCUUGCAUAUAGUGAAUAUCCAGAUGACUCUUUAGACUUAGAUCCAUCCAUGCUGGAUUCAAUUUGGAAACCAGAUUUAUUCUUUGCUAAUGAAAAAGGUGCCAACUUUCAUGAAGUUACAACGGAUAAUAAAUUGUUGAGAAUUUUCAAAAAUGGAAAUGUACUUUAUUCUAUCAGAUUGACUUUAAUACUGUCUUGCCCGAUGGAUCUCAAAAAUUUUCCAAUGGAUGUGCAAACAUGUAUAAUGCAGUUGGAAAGCUUUGGAUACACAAUGAAUGAUCUCAUUUUUGAAUGGCAAGAAAAAGGAGCAGUUCAAGUAGCAGAAGGCCUCACCCUGCCACAGUUUCUGUUGAAAGAAGAAAAGGAUUUGUGUUACUGCACCAAGCAUUACAAUACAGGAAAGUUUACAUGUAUUGAAGUCCGAUUUCACCUCGAGAGACAGAUGGGUUACUAUCUCAUCCAGAUGUACAUACCAAGUCUUUUGAUCGUGAUUCUCUCCUGGGUGUCAUUUUGGAUCAAUAUGGAUGCAGCUCCAGCCAGAGUGGCUUUAGGCAUAACAACUGUACUGACCAUGACAACACAAAGCUCAGGCUCACGAGCAUCACUUCCAAAGGUGUCAUAUGUCAAAGCAAUUGACAUCUGGAUGGCUGUGUGUCUGCUCUUUGUAUUUUCUGCGCUUUUGGAAUAUGCAGCUGUAAAUUUUGUGUCAAGGCAGCAUAAAGAACUCCUGCGAUUCCGGCGGAAGAGGAAGAAGAACAAGUAUUUUGAGGGAAUUCUUGAUGGAAAUGAAAUCAAUGAAUCAUUUCAGCAUAGCAAUGGCUUGAGAUGUGCAGGACCUAUAGACGGGACUUUGCCUCAAAUCUACAGUACAAAUUUAAGGGAUGACGAUGCACGGGAAAGUCAGUUCAGCUUUACAGCAUAUGGAGUGGGGCCAUGUCUGCCAGCAAAAGAUGGAGUGGCACAAAAGGGGCCAAAUAAUCCUGCUCAAGCUGCGCCUAAAAGCCCUGAUGAGAUGAGAAAGGUAUUCAUUGACAGAGCCAAGAAGAUAGACACAAUUUCCAGAGCUUGUUUCCCAUUAGCCUUUCUGAUUUUCAACAUUUUUUACUGGGUAAUUUACAAAAUCAUAAGGCAUGAAGACAUUCAUCAAUAACAAGAUUGAGGCUUGAGGUCCAUAGAGAUCUGUCUGUCACGGUCAACAGGAGGCUUUCUGUAAGACCCAUGCAUGUGAAGAGUGAAUGGGAAAACAAAAAGCACUGAGAAGGGGAAACAGAUCCUGCCUACUUUGAAAAGCCCAUUCACAGUGGAACGGAAGAAUGACACAAGAAAAGACACCUGCAACUGCAAAGUUUCUAUGUCAAACUAAACAUUAGCAACUCAUCGUAAAUCGCUCUCUACUCAAGCUUUUCUGCCAAGUGUUUAUACAUACUGUUACAUAGUAGUAUAAUUGUACAGUACUAUUUGACGUUCCUUACUGUUUUUUAAAACUCUCAUGAAUUUUAAAUCAAAAAAAAAAAAGAAAAAAAAAAAAAAAAAGAUGCAGAAUCCAGAAUAGCCUAUGUAAAUCCCAUAGUACUAGAGAAUAUAUUAGUAUUUGCUACUUAAUUUCAGUUUUACAAAUAAUGAUAAAUUACAUGAGAUUAGAUAUUUAAGGAAUCUUUCUUGUCCUAAGGACAGGAUCUUUGGUUUUGCAGUGUGCACAGUUGAAACAAUUAAUUAAUGUAAUUUAUCCAGUAUGCUUUUUGUCAAUCUCCUGGGCAGUAUGAGUUGAAAUAUUCUCAGCUAUCACAAAAUAUUUACAGCUAAAUGGCCUAUAUAUCACCUGGAAAAUACAACAUUUGUAAAGUAUUGAUUCCUGUAAAAGACUUUUUUUCUUUUAAUUACCGUAUAGUAUGAAAAUUUAAACUUAAAUUUUUUUUAAAAUCCUUUUUAUAAAUUCAGAAUUUUUUUCUUAAUUGACAAAAAUCAUGCAAUAUUUGAGAUAGACAAACUACAUCAACAUUUUGCAAAGCUUCAUUUUAAUUCCGGGCAAAGAGAUAUUGGAUCAAAACUAAAAGCAAAUAAUCAACUGCUUUACUGAAAUAUUACAAGGAUGAGUACAGCUGUGUUUAUCCAUAUACAUUUUCUACAUGUUACAUAUAUCACAAGAAGGUUAAUGUAGGAACAGAUCAUACAGUAGUUUUCUGUAGUAUUCUUUCAGUAUGUUGAUAUGAUUGAGGCACUGAUUAGGUAAUACUUCACAAUUUUGGAGAAAAGAAAAAGUAACUCCUAAAACAUGAAAAGCAAUCUGAGUAUUUUUUUUUAUAUUUAUUAUGUUUCAUGUAAUAAAUAUGAAACCUAUUAAUACUCAGAGAUGUUUUCCUUCUUUGGGACUAAAUAAGUCAAUAGUUUCUUCUUUAAGUUGUAAGAAAAUAGGUCAUAUUUAUGACGUAGCUUGUAGACAGAUGUUCAGUCUUGAAGUUCUUGUCUGCUGAAAAACAACAGUAUGAUAAGAUAUAAAUCUAAUAUUUAGAAUUACUCAUUACAUAAAAGUCCAGUAAACGAGGCUGUUUCUCAUUGCAAAAUAUUUUUGUUUUGAACAUGUUUUGAAUGUUUGCUUUAUUAUUGCUCAGCACAUGUAUACAAAAGCAAAAUAGAGCUGGAGGCAAACAUCUGGUGCACUGCCAAAGGCAUGCUGCAUAUGAAGUAAUGGAAGCAAUGUAACUCUGCACUGAGGAUUAUAACAUAGCAACCUUGGGUUUGGUUGAAUUUGUUGUCCUUUUGCUCCAAGGAUUAGUUAGAGAGUUUCUAAAAUAGUUGCUCUGAGAUUUUAUUCAGCCAUAUCAGAAAAUUUAUAAUUCGCCUUCAUUUUAAAUGCUAUUAUUUUUAAAAUAAUAUAUGUAAACUUUUUUUUUUCUCCUUUUGUUAUCUGACAUGAACUCAAUUCACUUUAAAUAUAUUUUUUUUCCUGUUACUUCUUCGUAUUUGAUUUGUAAAAAAUUCCGUUCAUUUAUGAACAGAGGUGCUCAACCAUGUACCAUGAACUUACAUAACUAGUUGGGUUAUAUAUUUCUCCCUUUAAGUUGUCAUGAACCGUGUCAGGCAAAAAGGGAUAUUAAUUUUUUUCAUCUAGUCAACAGUCAAGUCAACAUGAUCUUUUUAAGAACCAUUUGAAGUAUUGGACUGGACUCAUAACCAAUAAGCAAUCAUAUUAAAAACUGGCUUAUCUCAAGUCUUUCCCUACAAAACAGCUGACUUCUCUUCAAUAAAGAAUUCUUAAUUGAAGAGGUAAGUGCAUAAGUCUAGAUCAGAAGAACUGCUAGUGAUUCUAUUUUAUAAUUCCUAGUUAUUCUGUUUUCUAGCCAUUACAAUGGGAAGCAAAGUAGAAAACUUAAAUUUAGUCUUCUAACAAGGCAUACUGAAAAUAAAGAGAUUUAAAUAUUUUUAUAGCAUAAAAAUUCUACAGCACUGCUGAAUUCUAUUUUAAGUAACACAUUAGUAAGAAAAGUAUUAAAAGUAUUUCAAAUAGGAGAGAGAAUAAAAAAUGGCUCCAUGAUGAUGUGUUCAAAUGUAAAUACAUUUGGCAUGUAAUCUGCUGUCCUGAGGUAAAUAAAGAUUUUCCAUUUCAAUGUAAUGGAACCAAGAUCUCUCCGCUGAUUUUAUUUAUUUAUUUUCAUACAGGAGCUACAACAUUUGCCAACAUAAUGGAAGCCUAUGCAGUAUACUAAACCCCAGGUAUAACAAAAUGAAUUUAAACUUCAUUUAGAUUAUUCCUAAAUGAUUUAGGGUAAAGUCACUUAGUAGAGAAAGAAAGAAAUGUCAAUUGAGUUUAUAACAAAAUUCAAGGCAGGAAUGGCUGUUACUCACCGCUGACUAUGGGAAAUUUCCAAAAACACAGGCAGGCAUGCCAGCUCUCUGCUGAAAACAGUAUCAACUACUACUGUCUUCAGGUAAGAUUAGCAAGGGAACUGAUUCCUUUUUAACUGCACAAUGAAGUACAGGGGAUUAGAUUACAAAGGUACGAGAAUGAAAGGGUGUUCUUCCAUGUUCUUUAGACUACAACUGAUACAGUCCUGCAAAAUAACCAGUUGAGAGGCAGAAAAAGAAUCAAGAUGCUAUUUCAUAGAACUUCUACACAUAAAAUAGACCCUAUUCAUUAACUUGAAGUAGAUUUUACCCCACUGUAAGUGAAUUUGUGCUUAAGAGAUUAUUAGAAAAUCCAGUCUAAAAGGCUGCUUGUAUACACAAUUCCUAUGGAAUAGGCUACACCCAACACACCUCUGCCCUAGGUAGCAUAGGUACAAACUGUGUUGUUCAGGUUAUUCUUCUGUGGUAUCUAGAUCAACCCUGUAUUUCAAAAAUGAAAUUGUGGCACUAGAAAAUCCAUGCAAUGCAGUGAAAUGCACAACAGAGAGAGCCCAGAGCAUCUGGAAUCUCACUCACGGUGGUCUUUUAAUCCUGUACUAGAGAUAUACCAAAACCAUGCAUCCCUCAAUAAAGCCAAAGGCUUCAGGUCCUCAAAAGGAUAAUAAAGGUUGCUCAGAGGUGCAGCAGAUAUACUUGAAUACCAAAUUCCUGCUUAAAUUCCACAUAGCAAAAUGCAUUUUGUUUUGUUUUUU